CCGAAAAUAAAUUCAGGACUUUACUGAUACUGUUUCCUUGGCGCAAAGAAACCGAACGUGACCAGGAACAACCCCGAGCCAUCACAGUGAAGGAAAACGCUCAGUCGUUCUUAAUUGGGCGCUGAUUAACUGCGCGAGGCCAGGAGGCCUAAGAGUUACUUGAUUCAAGUUGAUUACUUUGAUUAUUUAAUUAUGAUCAAGAUUAUUGUUUUGUUUUGUUUGUCUCUGUUUUACACCUGCUCAUGUUGAUGUUGAUAACUCCAUAACUGUAGCCGAUGUCUAUCAGCUACAACGAAUUACUCUGUAAAUAUAUUUUCCAAUUUUCCCUUAAUUCCAUUUGAAUUAGUGAACAACUGGCACAUUUUUUUGCUGGAUGAGCCAUUAUAUAAACUAUCCAGCGAAAAAACAAUCAAAACCUUCAGUGAUUAAAGGAUAUACUGUACUACAACCGAGUGGCUUACACGGACCAUUUCCAUGGUCAUUUUUUGUUUAUCAUUUCCACACCGAUUGUGUUUUGGUCGAUAUCUUUAAAAUGUCCACUUACAAACUGGAUAUAUGGUGACGUACUUGGACGCGGUGAUGAGCGAGGCGGCUCGCCAGCCGAUCGACGGAAGGAUCCAUCUGCCAAUUCCCGCCGCGCUGCGAUCUCAGGUCACCCUGGAGAGCCUGCCGGUGGUGAGGGCCAGUUCCGGCGGUGCGGCGACCUUCCACUACCGGCCCCUGCGGAUCCUCCCCAACGCAAACGGGAGCAACGCCAACGAGACAACCGUCAUGUGGGUGCACAACCACAAAAUGUUGGCGGCACUCAGCAGCGACGGACUGCGCUACAAUUACACGGCCUCCGCCGAUAUCCAGCAAAGCGUCGACUGGACGGCCGCCUCCGCCACGCUGACCAUCCGCAACGUCAGCUGGGCAUCACGCGGCCUGGUGGCCUGCCUGCAGGAAUGCGAAGCCGACCCCGUGUAUAAAUUCUGUCCACUGCAGUACUUCCGCUUCCACGUCACGCCUACCGCCAGCGAACUCUUCCUGGCGCCACUCAUGCACAACGUCACGGUCGUCCGCUUCGGGGAGGCGCGCUUCCGGUGCGCCACCAGCUUGACAUUUCCAACCGAUACGUUCACGUUCAGAUGGGCUUCAUCUGGCGCUUCAACGAGCAGUGGCUGGAGGCGCCCGAAUUCCACGCGCUGCACCCCUUCGUUGGACCGGUGACCACGCCUCCACCGCGACGUCCCGCAGCCAAACAUGUCCCACCGUGGCGCCGGGACAGGAUGCCCGGAGACACACUGGCGGAAUUCAGCGUGUUGUAUAAUAACGCCGCUGGCGACAAUUUCACCAGCACGCUGGUAAUUCCCAAUAUCCAGUUGGAGGCGUUAGUUCCGGCGCGGGUGGAGUGCUGGGUGCAGCCGGAUCACCAGAGGGAAGUCUGGCUGAGGCAGACGGCCUACCUCCAUGUCCUAUAGGCACCGGAUGCUUGGCGCUGAAGGCUGCCUUCUGCCCAUUUCUGGAUGAUUGAUAAGUGUUCCUACUUAUGAUUUAUGAAAUUUUUUUAGUUUUCUGCCUAAGAACCUUUUCGUGUGGUUCAAAUCAUUUGAACCACACGAAAAGGUUCUACUGUGUUCUCUA